UUGAAUCGGUUGAACCAAUUAACCAAUGAACCAGUAAUUAGAAUGGUUUGAUGACUGGUUUGGUGUUCAGAACCUUGUCUGCCACUCUCUCACUCACGCGACACUCCUCAUACUUCCUCUCCAACUCGAGCUCCUCCCUAACUCCCACACCUGCUCCGUCCAGCCACCGCCCUGUCACCGCCGCCGUUGUAGCCACCGCGUUGCUUGAAGCCGGUCGUCUCCGCCGCUGUUUGAACUUCGAAGCCACCGUCGCCGCUGCAACUGGUCUCGCCUCGUUCCUCCAUCGCGCAGCCACUGUCCCGCCGCGCUGCCUCUGUUCCACCGCAUCAGCCCCACCGUCGUGCUCCUUGUCCCGCUCUGUUCUCUGUCUCGAAGGAUCUAUUCCGUUCCUUAAUUGAUUGAGCAGGAUUGUGGAUGAUCUUGAAUAUCGAUUCUGAUAUGCUGCGGCGUCCUCUCUCUGCUUCUGCUUCUUCUCCGCUGCGACCUCUUUUCUCUUCUGCUGCGUCGCCUCUCUUUUCUGCUCCACUGCCGCCUUCUCUUCGCCUCUCUGCUUCGCUUCCUCCUCCUUUCCGCCCCACUGCUCCGUCGUCGCCUCCUCCUCUCCGCCGAUCCAGAUAGUUAAAGGUUCUGCCACAUUUAUUUGAGAAAGAGAGAGAGAGAAUCAUUCAGCAAAUAUGAAAGAGGAAGAGGUCAAUCGAUGCCAAAUUCAAGAAUGGUACCCGAAGUUCAAAUCUGUAUCUAUCAAGACCAUAAUUCAUAAACUCCCUGAAUCUUUUAUUCAGUACCUUCUUGAUGACUCUGGGACAUUUUUGUUGCCUGCUUCUGUGUUGGAUGAGGAUGCCUUGCCGAAUAGAAUUUAUAAUUCGGAUGAUGAAGAUUUUCAGGUGUCAGAAGGAACUGCUGAUGAAGCAGAAGAACCUUCUCCACCGCCUUCAUUUCCAGAACUUGAGUUGAAAAUUAAGGAAUCCAUCGAGUCCCUUGGGGGUGCAGUCUUCCCCAAGUUGAAUUGGAGUGCCCCAAAAGAUUCGGCUUGGAUAAGUACUUGUGGCAGCCUUCGUUGCACCUCUUUCAGUGAGAUUGCGCUCUUGUUCCGCGCAUCUGACUCAUUGGUGCAUGAUUUGUGCCACGCUUAUGACUCUUGCCAAGAUAAAUCUUUGUCCAGACCCCAAGAGUUUUUUCUUGCCCUUCGAAAAUGGUAUCCAUCCCUUCAACCUGACAUGGAGUUCCGUUGCUUUGUGCGAGAUCAGAAAUUACUUGGAAUUUCUCAGCGAGAAGUUACUACCUUUUAUCCUCCUCUGCUUAAAAAGAAGAGCAGCCUCCAAUUGCUGAUACAGGGAUUUUUCAACAGUUAUGUUAGAGAUAGAUUUGAGUCCGAAAACUACUCAUUUGAUGUUUAUAUUACAAGGGACGAGAGAGUUAAGAUCAUGGACUUCAACCCUUGGGGUGCCUUUACAUUGCCAUUGUUGUUUACGUGGGAUGAAUUAGAGCAUAUCCACAAUGGAGGAGGUGAUGCGGAGUUCAGAAUUAUUGAAGAUCAUUGUGGUGUUAGGCCAGGCUUGAAAACUGCUGUUCCAUAUGAUUACUUGGAUACUGCCCCAGGAAGUGGUUGGGAUCAAUUUCUGAGGAAUGCACAUGAGGAGUUACAUCGACAAACCAUGUCUACUGACGCAGGUGCAUAACAAUUAGAUGCUGUUUCUCAUCUGCCAACUUUGAGUAGAAAACAGAAAAGUAGAUAUUUUGUUCCCUAGUCUGAGCUGUUUGACAUUCAUACUGGAUGUCGGAAAACAUUAAAAAUUUCUACCUGUUCCAGAGGUAUUUCUUUCCUUUUUAACAAAUAUGUAACUGGUUUUGCUACGCAUAUGCUUAAUGUUUUGAAUGUUCCCUUCCAUGUAGAUUUACAUAUGCGAUUUUAUGAGGUUAUCAAAGCUUGACUUAA